GUGAUUAUAUUUUCCAGCGGAGGCACAUCUCCACUGUUAUCAGAGAUGCUACUGUAAGAAAGCAAUCUUUCCUCAUAACUUCAAAUCUCAACAGAUGUUUACUCGGUUUUCUCCAGGUCGAUCAUCUCUGCGUGACCCCGGAUCAUGGCGACAGUGCUGGGUUGUCCCACAGUCCCACUCGCCAAUGGUUUGCAGAUCCCGAUAUUUGGACUAGGCACAUCUCAUGAUGGUGGAUACUCCCAUGAUGCCAUUGUGUACGCACUCACUGAGUGUGGUGUGCGCCACCUUGACACAGCAAAGCGCUACGGCUGUGAGGAGAUGCUGGGUAAAAGCAUCCGAGACAGUGGACUGGCACGAAGUGAUCUGUGGCUCACCAACAAACUGUGGCCAGGGGACUACGGAUACGAAGAUACAAAGAAGGCCUGCAUGGACUCCUGCUCAAGGAUGGGGGUGGAAUAUUUCGAUCUGUACCUGAUGCACUGGCCGGGAGCGACCAAACCUUUCAGCUCCAACAGAGAGAUGAGAGCCGACACCUGGAGAGCUUUGGAAGAGCUUUAUAAAGAAGGGGUAUGCCGUGCAAUUGGAGUGAGUAACUUCAUGGUCCACCACCUGGAGCAGUUGAAGGAAGACUGCAGUGAGGUACCACAUGUAAACCAGGUGGAGUACCAUCCUUACCAGCAGACCAAUCGGGUAAAAGAGUACUGUCGUGAGGAAGGGAUUGUCUUUGAAGGCUACAGUCCGCUGGCCAAGGGUCAAGUCUUCAGCGACCCCACUGUCCUGCAGAUAGCAGAGAAGUACCGACGCACACCGGCUCAGAUCUGCGUCCGCUGGAGUAUUCAGAAUGGAGUUGUGACAAUACCUAAAUCCACCAAAAAGGAGAGGAUACAAGAAAACUGUCAAGUGUUUGAUUUCCAGCUGGAGGAGGGGGACCUGGCAGCGUUGGGAGGAUUGCACGAUGGAAGACACGUUUCUUGGAAUCCAACAAAUAUCGAGUAAUAAAAUGUGGAAAACGCAAGGAGCAUUUCUCCUAGAGCUGUU